AUGGGCAAAACCAUAGUUCUCUUAGCUUUAUUUCUGGCUAUAGUUUUGAAUGUGCAGACAAGUUUUGUCGUUGCAGAGACCAAGGUUUAUGUAGUUUAUCUUGGAGAGAAGAAGCAUGAUGAUAUAGAGUCUGUCACUGAAUCUCACCAUCAGAUUUUGUGGUCACUUCUUGGAAGCAAAGAGGCUGUCCAGGAUUCAAUAGUGUAUAGUUAUCGACAUGGCUUCUCAGGCUUUGCAGCCAAGCUUACUGAGUCCCAAGCUCAGCAAAUUUCAGAGAUUCCGGGAGUAGUACAAGUCAUACCGAAUGCAUUAUACGAACUGACAACAACUAGAACUUGGGAUUACUUGGGCUUAUCUCCGGGUAAUUCACAGAGUCUCCUACAAAAGACCAACAUGGGAAGUUCAGUAAUUGUUGGAGUCAUUGACACAGGAGUGUGGCCAGAGUCUGAGAUGUUUAAUGACAAAGGCUAUGGACCUAUACCGAGCCGUUGGAAAGGCGUCUGUGAAUAUGGAGAACUCUUCAGUCCCUCGAAUUGUAACAAAAAGCUGAUCGGAGCGAAGUUUUUUAUCGAUGGUUAUUUUGCUGAAUUUGGAGUAGUGAAAACAACAGAGAAACCUGAGUACAUUUCCCCAAGAGACUUUCACGGUCAUGGCACACAUGUUGCCUCAACCGUUGGUGGUUCUUUUGUGCAUAAUGUAAGCUACUUAGGCCUUGGAAGAGGAAGUGUGCGAGGCGGUGCUCCUGGUGUCCAAUUAGCAAUUUAUAAGGCGUGUUGGCAAGAUGGAACAUGUUCAGGAGUAGAUGUUUUAAAAGCCAUUGAUGAAGCUAUACAUGAUGGUGUUGAUGUUUUGUCACUCUCUUUGGGACUGAAGGUUCCUUUAUAUCAAGAAACUGAUGUGAGGGAGCUGACCUCUGUGGGAACUUUCCAUGCAGUAGCAAAGGGUAUUACUGUUGUAGCUUCAGCUGGUAAUGAUGGCCCUGCUGCUCAGACUAUUUCGAAUGUCGCUCCUUGGAUCUUGACCGUCGCUGCAACUACUCUAGACCGUUCUUUUCCCACAACCAUCACUCUUGGGAACAAUAUCACAACACUGGGUCAAGCAAUCUUUGGUGGUCCAGAACUUGGUUUUGUUGAUCUUACUUAUCCAGAGAAACCACUUAUCGGUGACUGUGCUGGUCUUGCUGCUAAUCCCAAAAAUACAAUGGAAGGAAAAGUUGUGUUAUGUUUCACCGCAGAUUUAAGCUCUGCGGGUUUAGUAAAUGGUAUUAUCGCAGUAAAAAAUGCAGGUGGUCUUGGGGUAAUCAUUGCAAGAAAUCCAACCCACCAACUUAUUCCAUCUCGUGACUUCCCUUGUGUUAUGGUAGACUUUGAGCUCGGAACUGACAUUCUUUUCUACAUACGAUCCACAAGUUCUCCCAUUGUUAAGAUACAUGCUUCAAGAACACUUGUGUCUUACCCCGUGGCGACAAAGGUAGCGACGUUCUCAUCAAGAGGACCCAAUUCGGUAUCUCCGGCGGUUCUUAAGCCGGAUAUAGCAGCACCUGGUGUGAACAUACUAGCAGCUGUUUCUCCCAAUAGUUCUAUCAGUGAUGGAGGAUUUGCUAUGACUACUGGUACAUCAAUGGCCACUCCUGUUGUUUCAGGAGUUGUAGUGCUCCUCAAGUCAUUACACCCUAAUUGGUCUCCUGCUGCUAUCAAAUCAGCUAUUGUCACUACAGCAUGGAGAACUGAUCCAUCGGGGGAGCCUAUUUUCGCAGACGGGUCAAGCCGCAAGCUAGCUGAUCCGUUUGAUUACGGAGGAGGCCUCAUAAAUCCAGAAAAAGCUGCAAGACCAGGUCUAAUAUACGACAUGACCAUUGAUGACUAUGUCUUGUACUUAUGCUCUACUGAUUACAAUGACACAUCCAUUUCCCAAGUCCUCGGAAAGACAACAAUAUGUCCUAACCCGAAGCCUUCUGUUCUUGAUCUUAACUUGCCAUCGAUCACAAUACCAAACCUCAAAGACGAAGUCACUCUCACCCGAACCGUCACUAAUGUUGGACCUCCCAACUCAAUAUACAAAGUUGUGAUCGAUCCUCCAAUGGGUGUUAAUAUGAUCGUGACACCAAAGUGGCUAGUGUUUAACUCGAUGACCAAAAAGGUUUCUUUUAAAGUGAGAGUUUCGACAACGCACAAAGUUAAUAAUGGCUAUUACUUUGGAAGCUUGACAUGGACUGACAAAGUGCACAAUGUGGUCAUCCCAGUAUCUGUAAGAACCCAAAUCCUCCAACGGUACCAUGAUGAGAACUGAUGUAGGCGAUGUUAAAAGCAUCUUUAAUUCUUUAUGAAAAGCUCCCUAAAAUAUAUGGCUACAAUAUGUGAAGCAUAAUGCUGACGAAUAAUAAUAUUGUGUGUUCUUUAUUCAUCUGUAAUUCCGUAGAAUGGUCAUAUACUCAUAUUAUAUGACUCAUAUAUGCACACA